AGAUUCGUGGAUUUGUUGGAUAACAUUACAGACAUUGGCAGUAUAUUGAGCUUCCUGGCAGUAUUUGUGUAGCCAUUUUCCUGAUAACACACUUGCUAUAGCUCACUCUCAUGAGUAAAUGUUUAAAAUCUACUUGCUAGCCCUAGUCACCUCUGUAUGUCUCUCUGGAUAAAGGCAUCACCUUGAAAAAAUAACUCUCUAAGUAUGACUUUUUUUUGCAUAUACUCCUGUAUGCUAAUUCUAAUGAAUUUUGCAUGAGUGCCAAAAAUCAGUGUAUGGUUAUAUCCUUAAAAUAUUCAACAAAAAAAGAUUGUUAUUCAUGUCACCUGUCAGUGGUUUUAAUGUUAUGACGGAUCGGUGUAUAUCUGAUCUCCUGUCAUUUAAAAUUCCAGCACUUCCUUGCAGGGGUGCAAACUGAGGAAUUGAACAGAGCCAUAGACUUUCAGAUAAAAAGUGCACUUAACUGUACCUUCUCUUGUUGCUGGGGUGGUAACAUUAUAUUUUAUACCGUUUAUGUGUAUCUUUCCCCUGGAAACGUUGAUACAGUAUAAUGUACCUAUAGAUAUGAGGUACUGAUCCUCCUAUUACCUUUUAGACUAGGUAAAAGAUACCCCCUUUUUCUCUGAGAGUGUAUAGUGCACUUUCAUGGACCCAUGGCUCUCUGUCUUAUUAAGACUAAACUGCCUUCCUCAGAGGGUUGGUUCUCUCUCUCUCUGUCUCUCUGUCUCUCUCUCUCUCUGUCUGUCUGGCUGGCUGUCUCUCUCUCACACACACGUGCGCGCGCACAUACACAAUGAGGCUACGAGACUAUAUGAUGUCCACGAAGAGCGCAGUUUCAUAGCUCACUAGUUUCCUGCGCCUUUACGCACCAUCAUCUUUUUCACUCCAGUUGGAAGCGUCACCUGAGUAGAAGACAGAAGGACUUUCUGCGUCUGCGCUACAAGAUCAAAGUUCACAACUAACCGGCUAGUUAAUUUCGAGUGGACUUUUUUUCCCCCCCACAUGACACGCCAGAACCAGAAGCAAGCACGAGCACAAGUCGUCUGGUGAACAUCUGCAUGACUGAGGAUCGCAUCUCGCUCCACGACUCGCCAUGAAUGCAACGAUCUUCAACAGCACUCUGUUUGCGCACGGCGCUCUGCUUAACAGCAGUCAGCAGCUCGCGGGCACGCUGGUGGACGAGGUGAGCGCGAGCGACGGCGGCGGCGCCGGUGGAGGAUCUCUGGUGCUCGAGCCGGACGAGCGCAAGUUGUUCGUGACGCGCGCCGUGCAGAUCGCGGUGCUGUGCGUGCUCUCACUCACGGUCGUCUUCGGAAUCUUCUUUCUCGGCUGCAACCUCAUGAUCAAGUCCGAGAGCAUGAUCAACUUCUUGGUGAAAGAGCGGCGGCCGUCUAAAGACGUCGAGGCGGUGAUGAUCGGACUCGGGUAACAGCGCCGAGAGUGAGGACAGAUCUGUGCACCCGGGGCGGAGGAUCGCCGCGCGCCAGGUUUCAUGUUCUGCAGCGCGAGGAUAUGGAACUCGUUCGUUUCGUCGUUUGCGUUUGUCGAGGAAAAGCUGAACGAGACUUUCAAGUGUCCUUAAAAGUCUCAUUCAUUACAAUGACUGUCACAGAAAUGGAAUUUGCACGCUGAAAAUAUUGCGAAUGUAUCGAUGUUUAUGAAUGUUUAAUUUUUUUUAAAAAAAUAUAUAUAUAUAUCUGUUAUGUUAAAAUUCAUAUUCGAGUUAGUUUGUUGCAUUCGGGGUGUUUGACCUUUACAGUGAAAAUAUGUUUACACGGUUUUUACCUCAAGUGCAAAAAGAGAACUUUUAAAACUUUUAUCUUCCAAAAUGCAUGCAGCUGAAUGGAGUAAAUGUAGCCUAUGCAUCUGGCACCGUGGGUGUGUUUAUUUUUGAAAGAUGUUUAAGUGUAUUUUUUUUAAGGAAAUAUUUAGCAUCAUUAAUAUUUGCACGUUUUCCUACGAGUCCUUGGGUUCUUUGCUGGAGAUGCAGCAUGUGCGAUGCUCUUUCUGAGUUUUCUGUCUUGCACUUUCUUAUGAAACUUCAAUGCUGCUGCAUGAACUGUUUUGUACAUAACGAUGAAACUUGAACUAGUCCAGCGUGUGUCAAUAAAUUUAACCUUUCAA